AUGUCCCGGCGCAAGCAGGCCAAGCCCCAGCACCUGCGCUCGGACGAGGAGCCGCCGCCGCCGGACGGGGCUCCGGACCACGCCGGCCCCGGGGACGGCGCGGACGACGGCGACAGCGGCGCCGAGAGCCGCAGCGGCAGCGAGGACACCAGCGUGUGCGGCCAGUGCUGCGCCGAGUUCUUCCAGUGGACGGACUUCGUGGCGCACAAGCGCACCUGCGCGCAGAGCCCGCCCGUGGUCAUCGUGCGCGAGGAUGAGCCGGCGCCGCGCGCCGAGGAGCGCCCCGAGCCGUCGCCCGCCAGCUCGCCCGGCGAGCGCUCGGACAGCGAGGCGGCCGAGGACGGGGCCGCGCCCGGGGCGGGCGAGGGCGGCGAGGCGCGGGCCGCGCGGGAGGACGCGCCCAUGGAGGUGGACGCGCCGGCCGACGCGGCGCCCCCGGCCGCGGCCCCGCCCGCGCCGCCCGCGCUGCCCGCGCUGGCCGAGCCCCCGGCCGCGGCGGCCUACGGCGCGCCCAGCACCAACGUGACCCUGGAGACGCUGCUGGGCACCAAGGUGGCCGUGGCGCAGUUCUCGCAGCAGGCGCGCGCGGCGGGCGGCGCGGCGGGCGGCGGGGCGGGCGCCGUGGCCAUCCCCAUGAUCCUGGAGCAGCUCAUGGCGCUGCAGCAGCAGCAGAUCCACCAGCUGCAGCUCAUCGAGCAGAUCCGCAGCCAGGUGGCCCUCAUGACGCGCGCGCCGCCGCGGCCCUCGCUGCACCCCGGGGGCGCGGCCGGGGCGCCGGCGCCCGCCUCCAGCCAGCUGCAGGGGCUGGCGGCGCACUCGGCGCUGCAGCUGGGCGCGGGGGCGCCCCCCGGCCCCGCCGCCCCCGGCCCCGCCGCCCCGCCCGCCUUCGAGGGCGCCCCGCACCUGCCGCAGCCCGCGUCGGGCGCCAGCACCCCGCACGCGCCCGCCGCCGGGCCCCCCGAGCCCUGCGCGCCCCCGGCCGCGGGCGGCGCCCCCACGGCGCCCGCCCCCGCGCCCGGCGGCCCCGGCCCGGCCGCGCCCCCCCAGAGCGCGUCCACGCCCCCCGCGCUGGGGCCCGCGCCCCUGCCCGGCCCAUUGCUACCUCAGACCUCCGCCAGCAGCGUCAUCUUCCCCAACCCCCUGGUCAGCAUCGCGGCCACGGCCAACGCGCUGGACCCGCUGUCGGCCCUCAUGAAGCACCGCAAGGGCAAGCCCCCCAACGUGUCGGUGUUCGAGCCCAAGGCCAGCGCCGAGGACCCCUUCUUCAAGCACAAGUGCAGGUUCUGUGCCAAGGUGUUCGGCAGCGACAGCGCCCUCCAGAUCCACCUGCGCUCGCACACCGGCGAGCGCCCCUUCAAGUGCAACAUCUGCGGCAACCGCUUCUCCACCAAGGGCAACCUCAAGGUGCACUUCCAGAGGCACAAGGAGAAGUACCCCCACAUCCAGAUGAACCCCUACCCCGUCCCGGAGUACCUGGACAACGUGCCCACCUGCUCCGGGAUCCCCUACGGGAUGUCGCUGCCCCCCGAGAAGCCCGUGACCACCUGGCUGGACAGCAAGCCGGUGCUGCCCACCGUGCCCACGUCGGUGGGGCUGCAGCUCCCGCCCACCGUCCCUGGCGUCAACAGCUACGCCGACUCCCCCAGCCUCACCCCUGCCAGCCGCUCCCCACAGCGGCCUUCGCCCGCGUCCAGCGACUGCACCUCUCUGUCCCCCGGCCUCAACAGCUCCGAGCCCGGCGUCCCGGGGACCUCGGAGUCUCCGCAGCCCGUGCUCAGCGGGGCUGCCCUGACUAAAGCCGAGGCCCUGGGCCUGCCCUGCGCGCGGGCCGGGGCCGGGGAGGGGCCCGGGGGCGGCCAGGCAUCCAGCGUGCCCGCCGCCCCCCCGGCCCUGACGGACGGCAGCGUGGCCACGGGCCUCUGCAGCCCGGUGCUCCCGGCGGGCUCCGACCAGUUCAAGGCCAAGUUCCCCUUCGGGGGGCUGCUCGACUCUAUGCAAACGUCGGAAACCUCGAAGCUGCAGCAGCUGGUGGAGAACAUCGACAAGAAGGUGGCGGACCCCAACCAGUGCGUCAUCUGCCGCCGCGUGCUGAGCUGCCAGAGCGCCCUCAAGAUGCACUACCGCACGCACACGGGCGAGCGCCCCUUCAAGUGCAAGAUCUGCGGGCGCGCCUUCACCACCAAGGGCAACCUGAAGACACACUUCGGCGUGCACCGCGCCAAGCCGCCCCUGCGGGUGCAGCACUCCUGCCCCAUCUGCCAGAAGAAGUUCACCAACGCCGUGGUGCUGCAGCAGCACAUCCGCAUGCACAUGGGCGGCCAGAUCCCCAACACGCCCCUGCCCGAGGGCUUCCAGGACGCCCUGGACGCCGAGCUGCCCUUCGACGAGAAGGCCGCCGAGGCCCUGAGCGGCUACGACGACGACCUGGACGAGAACUCCAUGGAGGAGGAGCCGGAGCUGAAGGACGCGGCCGGCGACCCGGCCAGGCCGCUCGUCUCCUACGCGGGCUCCUGCCCGCCCUCGCCGCCCUCCGUCAUCUCCAGCAUCGCUGCCCUGGAGAACCAGAUGAAGAUGAUCGACUCGGUCAUGAGCUGUCCACAGCUGGCCGCCCUCAAGUCGGUGGAGAACGGGUCCGGGGACAGCGACCGGCUGAGCAACGACUCCUCGUCGGCCGUGGGCGACCUGGAGAGCCGGAGUGCGGGCAGCCCGGCCCUGUCCGAGUCGUCAUCCUCCAUGCAGGCGCUGUCCCCCGCGCACAGCAACAGCGAGAGCCUGCCCCCCAAGUCCCCCGGCCUCGGCCCCCAGGAGGAGCCCCAGGACGUCCCGCUGAAGACCGAGAGGCCCGACAGCCCGCCCGCCGCCCCCGAGAACGGAGGCGCGCUGGACCUGACGGCCGCUCACCCCGGCCGGCCGGCCAUCAAGGAGGAGGCCCCCUUUAGCCUGCUGUUCCUGAGCCGGGAUCGGGGUAAGUGCGCGCGCGCUGCCUGUGGUGUCUGUGGCAAGGCCUUCGCGUGCCGGAGCGCGCUGGAGAUCCACCUGCGCAGCCACACCAAGGAGCGCCCCUUUGUCUGCGCGGCCUGCGGGCGCGGGUGCUCCACGGCGGGUAAUCUGAAGCAGCACUUGCUGACGCACAGACUGCAAGCGCUGCCUUCCCCGUUGUUUGACCCCGACUUUGCUCUAGGUCCCAGCCACAGCUCCCCCAGCCUGCUCGCCAGCGCCGCACCCGCCAUGAUCAAAAUGGAGGUAAACGGGCACAGCAAGGCCGUCCCGCUGGGCGAGGGCCCCCCGCUGCCCGCCGGCGUCCAGGUGGCCGCCGGGCCCCAGGCCGUGCUGAGCCCCAGCCUCGCGCCCAUGCUGGCGCCCCCGCCGCGCCGGACGCCCAAGCAGCACAACUGCCAGUCCUGCGGGAAGACCUUCUCCUCGGCCAGCGCCCUGCAGAUCCACGAGCGCACCCACACCGGGGAGAAGCCGUUCGGCUGCACCAUCUGCGGGAGGGCCUUCACCACCAAGGGCAACCUCAAGGUGCACAUGGGCACGCACAUGUGGAACAACGCCCCGGCCCGGCGAGGCCGCCGCCUGUCGGUGGAGAACCCCAUGGCUCUGCUGGGAGGCGACGCCCUCAAGUUCUCGGAGAUGUUCCAGAAGGACUUGGCGGCGCGGGCCAUGAACGUGGACCCCAGCUUCUGGAGCCAGUACGCCGCGGCCAUCACCAACGGCCUGGCCGUGAAGAACAACGAGAUCUCCGUCAUCCAGAACGGAGGCGUCCCUCAGCUCCCCGUAAGUCUCGGGGGGGGCGCCAUCCCCGCCCUGGGCACCCUGACGGGGGGGAUGGACAAAGCACGCAGCGGCAGCAGCCCGCCGGCCGCCGGCCUGGACAAAGCCGCCUCGGAGCCAGGCGCCGGCCGGCCCUUCACCAGGUUCAUCGAGGACAGCAAGGAGAUCGGCAUUAACUAG